CUUCGAAUCGGGCAGCGUUGGCUGCAGGUGCCGGGGCUCCCGGGGCAGGGCGGACGGGGGUUGAUACCCGGGACAUCCCUGUCUCCGUCCCGGUCCGUUUGUCCCCCGGUGUCCCUCCCGGCCGCCCCACCAAAAUUCUCCCGGUUUCAACAGCAAAAACCCCAACCCACGCCAGAGUCCCCCCCGGAUGCCUUGACUCCACCGACCAAGCCGGACUCGGCCUUCAUCCCUUGCCCAGCGCCUAACCCUAAUCCCAACCCCACAACCCCACGUCCAGCUCCCUGAUUCUCUCCCCCAACCACCUCCCGUCCUCUAAUCCGCCCCCCUAAACUAACCGAGCCCUUCCUCCCGUCCCCCCAGGCCUGAACCCCACUCCCCAACUCUCCCGCUCCCAAUUUCCCCAGCCCCUUCCCCCUCAUUUCUCCACUCCCUCCCUCCUCCCUCGCCGCUCCACGACCCCCCGCGAAAGCGAUGGAAUUUAUCUCCGGUUACCGGGAGGAAAUCCUGGACCUGGCCGACCUCCUCUCCGGCUGGUUCCGCAAAUUCUCCUCGGAGCGAGGGUCCGGGAGGUCCGAGGGGUCCGGGGCGGGGCGGGGGGCCGAAGCCCGCCGCCGUCUGCUGGAGGCUCAGGUUCGCCGGUUGCCCCCGGACCCGGUCCUCUGGGUCCUCCACGUCCUGCACAACCGGACCCUGGGGUUCAGCGUCUGCAGGGCGGAGAGGGGCCCCGGUCCCGGCCGCCUCUUCGGGGAGGACGCCCCGCUUCGCCUCCGAGACCUGGAGAAAUACAUCGGCUUCGUCAGUCUGGAGGAGGAGGACGAGGAAGGCGACGAAGACGAGGAGGAGGAAGAGGAGCAGGCAGAGGAGGAGGAGGCCGGGGCCGGGACCGGGACCGGGGCCGGGACCGGGACCGGGUCGGGCAGGAAAUCCCGGGAAGGAACUGCGAUGAUGGAAGGGGAGCCGGAGGAGGUGGAGGAGGACAAGGAGGACGAUGAGGAGGACGAGGAGGAGGAAGAGGGGGCGACCGAAGAGCAAGAGGCCAGAGCGGAGGACGGACGGUGGGAGGAGGCCCAGGCUGCCAGGAGAAGACGGCCGGACAGAGGCCCUGCCCCACUCCGCCUCUCCUGCCUCCUCCUCGUCACAGAUGAGCAUGGCACCAUCCUGGGCAUCGACCUGAUGAUUGGCAGGCGCCAGGGAAGCGGGGCCCGAGGGGUUGAGGCCCACAAGGGUGGAACCGAGAGCCUGGCCCCCCGAGCCUACGGACUCCUGUGCCAUAGCAUGAUCUGUCCCAUGGGGGCCGGGGAGCCCCGGAGACCCCGGCAGCUCACCGUCGGCGACGUCCACCUCCACAGGGAUCUGGGGGCCCUCCUGCCACGGAUCGGGGUGAAGCUGGCCAAGGCUCCCAUGCGGACUUGGGGGCCCCGGCCUAGCUUCACCUUCGCCUCCCUGCGGGCCCGGGUCUGUCACGUCUGUCAUAGGCACAGCUUCGAGGUGAAAUUGACCCCCUGUCCUCAGUGUGGAGCCGUGCUGUAUUGUGGCGAGAGCUGCACCCGAGCAGAUUGGCGCCGCAGCCCCGAAGACGUGAGCCACCAGUUCUGGUGCCCGAGGUUGGCGCAGUUCAUGGGGCGGGCCGCGGAGCUGGCCUCCCUGCCCUUCACCUACACUGCCGAGACCACCAGGGAGACGUUUAACAAGGAGGCGUUCCUGAUUAACCGGGGCCUGACCCGGGGCUACUGGACCCAACUGAGUAUGCUCCUCCCCGCCCCAGAUGCCCCCGGGCUUCUCCAUGGGGAUGGACCCCAUCCUGGCCCCCUCCUCAAUGGGGACCCAUACCAGCUGCUUCAGGGAGACGGGUGCUGUCUGAUGCCCCCCAUGCCCACAGAGGCUCCCCGGGAGCUCUUUGACUCCUGGCAAGAGUACUACGCCUGGCGGGGCUUGGGCCUGGAUUCUCCCCUGGCCGCCCUGCUCACCUUCCCCCUGACUGCCUACCACAUCAUCACCCGGCUGGUCCCCCAGUUCUUCCCCAAGCUGAACAUCCAGAACAAACGGUCGUUGAAGAUCCACGUGGUGGAAGCGGGAAAGGAAUUCGACCUGAUCAUGGUGUUCUGGGAGCUGUCCGUCUUGUUGCCCCACGUGGCCUUGGAACUGUGGUUUGUGGGGGACACGCUGCCGACCAAGUGGGACCAACAGCACUUCACCCUGCAGAGGGAUGGUCCUGGGGUCUCCGUGUGCUUGGGGCCAGGGCCCAAGGAGAAGGGGACCCGGAGAGACCUACAGAUCAAGGUGUCUGCCCGUCCCUACCACCUGCUGCAGGGCCCCAAGCCCGACCUGGUCAUCGUCGCUGCGGGUCCCGGCCUUCUUCACGGAGAGCAGCGAAUACAGCUGUGCCAUGGACAAGCAGACCAUGGCCGGGGCCUCGGGGGGUGGGACCAGCGCCCCCCGCCUCAACCCUUUCCGGUCACCCUUCCGCCUGCGAUCCGCCGACAACUGCAUGCCCUGGUACUGCAAUGCCUUCAUCUUCCACCUGGUGUACAAGCCAGCCCCAGCGGGCAGUGCACGGUCCGGCCCCGGCCCCACCCCGGCCCCGGCCCCGGCCCCGGCCGCUCCACCGGCCUCCGCCCGCCGACGUCGCAUGGACAAGAAGGCCAGCCGCGGCCCGGGCCGGAGGAGGAAGUGAGAGAUGGACGGGACCGGCCCCCGCCACACGGGUCUGGGGGGCGGGAGAGACCGGACGGGUCUGGGGAUGAGCCGGGACCAUCCAGACAGAGAAUAAAGGAAGUUGUUGGGAACUUGUCACCUGUGGGGCCACCUCUGACGGGAACAUAAUGAUUUGAAAGCAC